UUACCUCAGCGAUACAUUGACUGCCACCCAAAACAGCUGCAAAAAUCUUGACUCCCAACGCGAUCAGCUCCAGAGCGACCUCCGUAUGCUCUUAAAGAAGGACAACGCGGAGUUGCUUGGCCAGUGGAAAACUAAGCUUGCGAAAUUGGAAAAUGAGAUACAAUGGUUGAAAGUAGAGCGAGAUGACGCGAUCAAGGCCGAAGCGGAGGCUGCCAUUGCACGUGAAGAGAUUAGGAGCACCUCGGCAGCUAGUGCAGUCGCUCUCAAAUCCACGUUCGACCAGCUCUUACAAGAUCAACAACGUCAAGCCGAGGCGAACGCUGAGAAGGUUCGGACAGCACUGGGGGACUCUAUUGAAACCAAAUCUGUGCAAAUCCGUGACCUACAGAGCCGGCUCAUACAGCUUACGGCCACUGUAAAUGAAUGGGAGGGUAAAUAUGAUGCAGUCACCGAGGAGCGUGACUCCCAGAAGCAGCUCCUGGUCGCUGAACGGCAGAAAUACAAAGAAGCAAGCUCGAGCCAAAAGGAACAGAUAGAUGAUUUGCAGAAACGACUGGAAGCUAGUGCCUCAGAGGACACCAUAAUGACCAAGGUAUUACGAAUAGAGGAGCUUGAGAAGGAACUGGCCUCAGUCCGGGCACACUAUGCGAAGUCGAUCCAGGAGAGAGAUGAAGCCGUUGCUUUAGUCAAGUCUCGCGAUGCACAAAUGGAAGAGUUGCAGGAGACACUCGCAGUAUCUUCAAGUCGCAAAUCAACGAAGGAGUGUGCGCGAAAGAAUAAAGCAGGUGGAAGUUCCGAGGAGAAGAAAACUAGUUCAUCGAAAUCAUCGACCCCUCAUGACCAGAUCCAGUUCAGAGUGCCUGAGGUGCGCCCCGUAGCCGCGCCGAUAGCCGAUCAACGGUCUAAACAAAUCACUGGCCCUAAAAAAAUUGGGAAGCUGAAGUCCAAGUCCUCAAGCACUGCACCGGGUUUCUCUGCCGCUCGCCCGAUGGAGAUUGACUCAGCGUCAUCAACUGACGUGGAAAUCAUCUCUGGACCGACACCAAUUGUCUCGCAGGGGUCUAAUACGAAGCAAAAAUCUCUCCGUACUGGAUCGAACAAAACGCCUUUAGGUGUUAAUACUAUCCAGACAGUCGACUCCCCUACAGAGAAGACCAGUCUCAAGCGUACUGCAGACACGAACGAUUCUUCCACACCAAUCACAAAGCGACCCAAACUCUUUCUUGACUCAUCCGCUAGCUCCGUUGAGAAAGCCGCGCCUGCUGCAUCCAGCUCGCCGGUUUCAACUCCCUUGGAAUCGAGAUCUGUGACAUCUUCACCAGUCAUUGCAAAGCCUGCCUUCAACUUCAAAUUUCGAAAAAAUCCUGGGCAAGCAAGUACUUCAGUCUCCUCGGGCGGUGCGACGCCAUCGAAAGCUAUGGCUAGCUCGCCAAAUGUACGCACAUCCCAGAGCGCGACUUCAAACGAAGCCCCUUCUGUGGGAGCCGGCGACGGUGGCGCGUAUCGCAGAUCAGGUAGCGUUGCCUCAGACACUGAGCUCGCAGCAGAAAGCACGCUUGGUGCGAAACCUCGAGCCCGACUUCUGAGACAUGGGCAAAUGAAACCCGCCGUAUCGACAACUGGCGAGGCUACUAGCUCCAAGAAGCAUGCUGAAUUCAAAAAUUUCAACCCUGGUGAUGUUCCUGCAAAGGAACAGCCUCCUGGGUCGUCGGCCCGCUCAACAGCAGUGAGUGAAGAGCAGCCGCAAAACGCCCAAGAUGCAGCAUCUGCAAAAAGUAAACCAUCUUUGCUGCGCCAAUUCAGCGGCAUAGAUAACCUUUCAACACCUCCAUCCAAUUCUACUCCAUCUCCGUCCCUUUCAACUGCCUCUGGGAGUGCAGUUGGUCGAAGCAAAGCCAAUUCCACUCGUGACACCAUCUCAAAAGGCAUCUCACAGCCAGCAGGAGCUAAGCCUAUUCCUAAAGGCCCGAGGUCGUCAAUGGCUAUGUUACAAGUGACUCUAGAAUCUUCUCCCAAGGCACCGAAGUCGAUGACAGCGACUAGGUCAUCAGGAAAGGUACCCCAAAGGCCAACGGGGACAUCCAAUACUGGAGGUAUCAAGAAAGGCACCUAAAUCCCUCUUCGUGUUCCAUUACCUUGUAUGAUUAACCGGGCUCUUCAAUCACCCUGUCACUGUAAAGCACUCAAAUUCCCCGUAUAUUUGUCUUACUCUCGUUUAAUGUUUUACAAAAAGCUGGUUUCUUUUGUUGUACAUGUAGUAUGUACGCUGCUUAGAUGGACGACAAUUCAGUGGUACACAUUAUAGAAAAACAAAA